CAGUCUUGUACGUGAUGACGCAACAGAGCACGGCGUUCGGAGCGUGAUGCGUCAUAUCUUCCAACUCGACCACCGUUUGUUGGCCGCUUCCCUGGCACCGGCUUCUUCCGGCACCCACCGCCUGGGGCCCCGCUCUUCCCUGAACCGUUAUCCGAUAAUCACCAUCAGCACGGCCGGAUAAGAGCCAGCCCAGCCCCGCUCCGGUGCGUGGCGCCGCCUCCGACAUGAGUGACCGCUGAAAGCUGGAUUUCCUCGGGAGAAGAGCGGGACUGCCCGCUCGUUCGAGGUGCAGUGACUGUGGUGAUGGUGUUGGAUUCGGGCGAAGUCUUCAUGGAUCAGGUCGAGGAUGAAAGUGUCAGGGRCCCGUUGGAGCCAGACAUCCCAGUGGAUCCGCCCAAACCCCCCAGCAGCUCUGCUAAAAACGCAGCAGCUAGAAGGAGUCAUGCCCCCAGGAAGGAAAGGGUGUCCCAUAAUGGGGUACCGGGCCCGACAAGCAGCUGCCAGGGGGCAGAGAGGAGACCACCUCUACGCCGUCCCCUCAGCAUGGAGGUGACCCCACAGCGCCUGAGAGGUUCUCAGGACCACGUGACGGACGGGAGGAUCCUGCAGCCUCCUUGGCGCAGUGGCUGGGCAGCCUCCUCCCCCAGGGCUCGCAGCCUGACCAGCCCCAGCCUUGGAGGGGGCAGCUGGAUGCGGCGCAGCGAAAGCACCUGUUCCGUUAACUACCCUUUGGGGCUGCGAGCUGGCCGGGGCCAGAUGAGACCUGCCACCUCCCUGCCCCACAUASCUAAAGGAUCAGGUAAUCCGUCUCUUCCCACUCCCAUCCGGCCCUGUCUGCUAGUUGCCCUCAGACCUCUGAACUUGGAGCAGGAGAAGCAGGCCUUCUUCCAGUCCAACUAUACGUAUGAGCCUCAGUUUGAAUACAUGCAGCCUGAACCGAGGAGUGUUCUGGACAAGUACAGAGAGGGUUCUGGCCUCUUCCUGGAGCAGGCAGUUGGAAUCAUGGAGUGUGUCAUGAGAAAAUUUGAGUCUUAUGAAAACUUCGAGCAGCUGACAGGUGGCAGCGUUCUGCCAAAAAGUCAGGUCUGGGCAGCUGUACGCAAAUAUUUGCAGAAAGAGGGCUGCGUGGGAGAGGUCGUUGUACGUCUGUCUGAUGAGCUGCUGUCGCAGGCAGUGAUGGUGGUGGAGAACUGCCGUCCCACUCUUACCAUCAAUCUGGCCGGGGCUCGGCAGCACUGGCUGGAGGGGAUGCUGAGGCACGAGAUCGGCACACAUUAUCUGCGAGGCGUAAACAACAAUAUGCAGCCGUGGUCCACCUCAGAGGGCAGGAAGCAGUUUGGCCUCAAACCAGCCAAUCCCACGGAGGAAGGCCUUGCCAGCCUGCACAGUGUGCUGCUCCGGAAGCAGCCAUACCUGUGGCGUGCCGCUCUGCUGUACUACACAGUGUACCACGCCACCAGCAUGAGCUUCAGCCAGCUCUUCAGCCAUAUCGCACGCUUUGUUCAGGACCCAGACGUUCGCUGGGAGUACUGCCUUCGUGCCAAGAGGGGACAGACAGACACCUCGCAGCCUGGCUGCUUCAGCAAAGAUCAGGUUUAUCUGGACGGAAUUCUGCGAAUUCUUCGCCAUCGAAGGUCCAUCAACUUUAAGAUGUUGACUUCAUUAGGAAAGGUUUCUUACGAAGACGUGGAGAAGCUGCGUCACCUGGCUGUUCUGUCCCGGACCAGAAUCCCACACUUCAUGCAAGACCAGGACCGGUACCUGCAGCACUUGGACCACAUUGUCCUCAUCAACGAGCUGGAUGACUCAUCGCUGGAGCAGCUUCUUCCCUGAGGGGUUUAGUAGCAACUGUUUGAUGUGGUUGUUCUGUCACACAGUCAGUAUUAUACUUUGUAAAACUUGAACGAUGCGGACAAAAAGGGACACGCCCCGACACUUCUGUCCACACUUUCUCUUCUCUUGAUGCAUGUUUCUGUCACUUUUUCACUCCAGCAGAUACAGUGAAACUGUCCCCUCUCCCUGUUCGCCUUUCUGAAAUUACCUCAGUAUAAUCCCUGUAUACACCCAACCAUAUAAAUGUAGACACACAAAAUAAUAGUAACAUUCACAAUCACACGCUUUAUUUAUGAAACAGGUUUUUUUUACGUUGCAAGAACAAACUGAAUGUCUCUGGUUUUAGCUUUAUACCUUAUUUUUUAGAGGUUUUCUGCCUUACAUUGUGUGCCGUGUUACAAAGGACACAACAAAAUACAACGAAGAGCAGCAGAAACUGAGGCCAUGAAUCUUAAAAAACAAAAUCAAGUGCCAGUGGACUCAGUUUGGAUUUUAAAUAUCAGUGUUUUAAAGGCUUGAAUCAGCAUUGUCUUAAAUUUGUGGACUUUGUACGCUGCUGUGGUCCAAACUGUCCUCAAGCUCAGCGCUGCGCCACGACCUAACGUUUCCUCUGCAGCAGGAAGGAACAGUUCAACAUUUAGGGAUGCUGCUCUGCAGAACAACUUGAUGGUGCUCAUGCCUUCAUUCGGAAUCAUGUUUCUGCAGAAAAGUGUAGACCCAGAUUAAAGCACCAAGUCUCUGAGAUGUAGCUGACUUUCUGUUUUAAUCCUGCUUUUAGGACUGUACUUUCCAGAGUAUAAGUCACACUUUUUAUAUAGUUUGACUGGUCCUGGUUGUUUUUCCUCUUCAUGAUGCUACUUAUGCUUCAAAGCAACUUAUAGUCUGGAAAAUACAUUUAAUUUGUAUAAGAUUACAAAUAUUUCUUGAAUUUCAGCAUCAGCCAGGCUGGUUUGUUUCUCUUGUAGACGAGCCAUGACUGACACGUUACCCAUUACCAAAUAAAACGUAUCCACCCUCUGGCCCUGCACACAACUGACUGAGCAGUAGGACCAGACUGGAAAUGUAAAAAUGUGGCAUUUAAACCGUACGGACAAACUGACAGGAAAAAAUAGCAGACAUGUCAACCCCUUCAAACAUUUACCUGUAUAAUGAGCCUCAAUAAUCUGUCAUUUUUGGGGAAAGAAAACAUAUUAAUCACAUGGCGCACGUGUGUGUGUGUAUAUGGGGGGGGGGCUGGUGGACCGUCAUCACCUGCAGCAUUAGGAAAGGAGGGUGGAAGAACUUAUUUCUAGCAACAGACUGGGUUGGAAGAUGGUUAUUUGGUGUUAUGGAUUGUAUUUUUAAUGUCCUCCAGGCUUUGACAUGUUAAGUUUGAAACUGAGUUUAAAAAAAAAAGACGUAAAACUUGAAAAAAAUCCAUAGGAUUGCUCUAUACGUGCGUGUACCUGCAAAAUGAGGGGAAAUCUGUGUAAAUUACGGACAAUCCGUACAGCUUGACCUGUAUGAAAUGGUGACUUUUCCUACCGUGGUGUAGCUUAAACCUUGUAACCAGCCUGUGCCUAAUAUGAAGAAAUCUGAAAACUUCACUUCCUAAAUGCUGAACUGUACCUCUCUUGUAGACAGAGCGCCAAAGUGGCAUCUUUACUYGUUUCUAGGGCUUUUCUGUCAAACAGCUGAUCUUUCUCAUUCAUCCAGGAGUUUGAUUGGCUGAGCAUGAAACAGGAAGUGGUGCCUUCAAUGGGUGGACAGUUCUUCUGCUCUAGGCUGCUGUUUGUCUGCCAGCUGCUUUUUUUUUUGUUUGUUGUUUGUUUGUUUUUUUGACACUAUAACUCCAGAUGUAAGUUAGAGCAUUGAGUUUGGGCCGGGCUGCCUGAGCAGAACCAGCUGAGAAAAACCUGGUCACAACCAUCAAAACGAUGGUAAAACUAAAUCACAGCAGGUCUUCGAUUUGAACUUCAAAGGUUUUAAAAAAUGAUAUAACCAAAAUGUGAACCAAUGAAAUGUUUUAACUAUUUAUAAUUGACAUGUAGUUGUAAUUUUGUGUUUGAUGAGAUCUGAGCAGUAUUAUAUUAUCUGAGCUUUGACCGGGAUUCUCCCAAACAAAUGCAUCGAACUGUAAUGCAUGAAUGUUGCACAAGUGUUUUAUGUUCUGGAAAACAUCUUGAAUUUUUAGUUUAAAAUAAACACACACAAUGAACUCUG